AUGGCGAGCCACCAGGACGGGGUCAACCCCCUGAGACCCUACUACAUCCCGCCGACCAUUGGCGAGCCGCCCGAGGCCCUGCCGACCCCGGGCCCGCGCGCCUUUUCCCAAGCCAACUCGACCGGCAGGUACGCGUCCAAGGCGCGCGACAUCUUCUCCGACCUCGACUACAAAGACUACAUCGCCGAGCCCUCGCCCUCGGUCGUGCAGACGGUCAAGGAACUGCUGGACGAGCUGCUAUGGAAGUACACGUCCGUGCUGAUGGCCCAGCCCUUUGAGGUCGCCAAGACCAUCAUGCAGGUCAGGGUCCAGGACGACCCCGGAGGGCUCGCGGCAGCGGCGGAAGCAGCCGAGAAGGCGCGACAGAGACAGGCCAGCCAGCGGAUACACGCCUAUGACGAGCAGGAUGCCCAAUUCGAUUCCGAUUCGGACCUGGAUGAGUCGGCCUUCUUCACCUCAAAUCAGCCCCGAACCCCCUCCCCGACACUCUCGCGCUCGAGGAAUCAGCGCCAUCCGGGCGCCCAGUCUCCACGACAGUCCGCGCGACCAGCACCCGCGCACCAGCUAGCCAUACGGUCGCCAGACUCGGUAUUAGAGGUCAUUGCGCAGGUCUGGCAGAAAGAAGGCGCCUGGGGCGUGUGGAAGGGCUCCAACGCGACCUUUAUCUACUCCGUCCUCCAGUCCCUGCUCGAGAACUGGUCGCGCAGCCUGUUGAGCGCACUGUUCAACGUACCCGACAUCGGCGUCAAAAACGACAUGGACCGCCUUGUCGACCUCGCUUCCCCGUACCCGUGGGCGUCCCUCUUCGUCGCUGCUGCCGCCGCGGUCACAACAAGCCUGAUCCUCUCGCCGCUUGACCUCAUCCGCACAUGCCUAGUCAUCACCCCGACGACCUCGCGCCUGCCGCGGCGCACGCUCGCCGCGCUGCGCAGCCUGCCGUCGUACCUGUGCCCGCGCGCGCUCGUGGCGCCCACGGUGCUGCACGCGCUCGUGCACCCGCUGCUGACGCUGUCGACGCCGCUCGUCCUGCGCUCGCACUUCCUGCUCGACCGCGAGCUCGCCCCGACCACCUUCUCGGCCGCCCGCUUCUGCGCCUCCACCGUCGCCCUGCUGCUCAAGCUGCCGCUCGAGACGGUCCUGCGCCGCGGCCAGGCCGCCGUCCUCGCCGACCCGGCCUACCGCGCCGCCUUGGAAGCGGCGGGGAGCUCGGCGCAGGGCGGCGGCGGCGGCGGCAGGAGGCUUGGCAGCGCGGCUGCGGCCCCGGCCGCCUCCGCGGCGGGCGGCGAGUUGGAGACGGUUGUCCCCGUUGGCAGGUACGAUGGCGUGUUUGGCACCAUGUACGCGAUCGUCUACGAGGAGGGCUCGCACGCCGUGGCGGGCGGCGGUAGCAGCAGAGCGGCUGGCUCGGGGCCGAAGAAGGGCAAGGCCGCGUCGCCGCCGCCGACGACGACGACGACGACGACAACCGUGGCCGAGACGGUGUACCGUCGCGGGCAGGGUCUCGAUGGGUUGUGGCGCGGCUGGAAGGUCAGCUGGUGGGGGCUGGUCGGGCUGUGGGCCGCCGGCGUGCUGGGCGGUGGCGGCGACGGCGAGUUCUGA